CUAUGAUCGUUCUGUAUGCGCUGGCAAUAAGGCUACUUUAUUAUUUGUGUGGUACAACGAAAAGCACUUUGGCGUGUGCUCGCCUCAACUAAUUGUUGCUUUUCGACCGCGAAUCGCUCCUUGCUGGCUUCAAUUCCAGCUCUGCAGCAUCCUUGCGGAGCAGCGCCUGCUGCCGAUUCCAUUUUCCAAGACUGCAUUUAGAGGUGCCAUCAUCGACGGAACCGGAGACUGGCUUUACAUACCUAUCUGGGCUCCUACUCCGCACCCCGGAUCAUCAAAGGACGAGCUCAUUGAUCGAUGUAUACGGAGAAAACAAUUUGAAACAACAGAGGAAGAAAAGUUAGUAGAGUUUUUUUCUUUUUUGUAUCCACGCACAAGCGCGUGCUUGAGUUAACGUUGAUGCGAAUUACUAAAAGGCGCCAGGGAUCCAGAGGACAGACUGGCGUGCAGAUGAGGUGUCUUGCCAGUCAGGCGCGGCGCUGUUCACCUGGAAUACCUGAAACUCUCCAAUGACAACGCAUCUGCAUCAACUUAUAAACACUGUUGCAUGUUUUCACGGCUCAUCAUCGGCCCCAGUGGCCUUGCCAGUAGAUUAAUGUGAAAUAUAAGAUCGAUCACUGAUCUUUAAGCCUUGAAUACAAUUUAAGCUCGAAGCUGCUGAACUGGGGUAAAUGCCACUGUCUCCCUAGGUGGAUGCCUAACGCGCAAUGAUGCACGGGACUCGAAGGAUUUUCUGAUCAGGAUGACAUUUGGUUGAAACAUUCGUGGAGUCAACGCUCAUAUCUUUCCCCCCUUUCUAUUUUUCUAUUUUAUUUAAUUAUUUUCACCAAGAAGCUGCAUUAGGACCCGACCUCUGCCGAACUACACUCUCGCUUUUCAGACUCGGUUCGGGGAGAUGGCUGCUAUCGCCAGCUCCCUGAUCCGGCAGAAACGCCAGGCGAGGGAGUCCAACAGUGACCGGGUCUCUACUUCCAAACGUCGCCCCAGCCCCAGUAAAGACCCCCGCUCUCUCUGCGAGAGGCAUUUCUUGGGGGUCUUCAGCAAAGUCCGUUUCUGCAGCGGCAAGAAAAGACCAGUUCGGCGGCGACCAGAUGCACCCUCGAAACCUCCACAGGUGUCCCAUAAGGGCUGCAGGCUAGAGCCACAGCUGAAAGGCAUCGUGACACGACUGUUCAGCCAGCAAGGCUUCUACCUGCAGAUGCAGCCGGAUGGAACCAUCGACGGCAGCAAGGACGAGAACAGUGACAACACCCUGUUUAAUCUUAUUCCUGUGGGUUUGAGAGUGGUUGCCAUCCAGGGGGUGAAGAGUGGCUUUUACAUCGCCAUGAAUGGCGAGGGCAUGCUCUACAGCUCGGAGAUGUUCACGCCAGAGUGUAAGUUCAAAGAGUCAGUUUUUGAGAACUACUAUGUGAUCUACUCGUCCACUGUGUACCGGCAGCAAGAGUCAGGCCGAGCCUGGUUCCUUGGCCUCACUAAGGAGGGACAAGUCAUGAAGGGCAAUCGGGUCAAGAAGACUAAACCUUCAUCACACUUUGUGCCCAGGCCUAUUGAAGUUUGUAUGUACAGGGAGCCAUCUCUGCAUGAGAUAGAGGACAAGCACCGCUCCAGGAAGAGCUCAGGGACUCCCACCAUGAAUGGAGGGAAAGCUGUCAAUCAGGACUCCACAUAGCACCGGGGUGAGGGGCUUCCAGCAGGGGGGAUUUGGCCUCCUCUGACUCGGGGGAAGGGGCCAGAGGAAAAUUUACCAUCCCCUCUCUAAAAUACGCACCACCAUGCCCUCUUUAUAAAAAGAGGGUGCUGUGACAACAACAAGGAGCUAUGACUGUACAACCAAGACAACAAAAACUGAACUAUUGCCUGUGAAACCCUUUUAGAUAAAUUAUUAUGAAAUUACAAUGAAAUGCGAGGGUAUAUAUCAGCCUUUGUUGCACAAUGGCUGAUAUAUAUAUAUAUAUAUAUAUAUAUAUAUAUAUAUAUAUAUAUAUAUGAAGGCACUGUCAAUCAGGACUUGACCAACAUUUUAUGCAAAAAAAAAGAAAAAAGAAAAAAAAGAAAAAGCUGUGAUAAAGGAAUGGUGGAUGGUGGUCUCCCGUUACA